AUGAAUUGCAGCUGUUGUUCACAAACUCAAGUUGAAAAUCCUGCUCCCACUGUGUCUGUACUCGAAGAAAACGUUGAAGAUGGUGAUAUAUUACAAGAAAUUGGAAAUGCUCAGUAUACACUAGAGUUUCUUCGUCAAGUUAUUCAACAAUCAUCUAGGGUUAUUGAUGAAGCACCUCCAGCCUAUGAAGAUUUUGAUAAAUAUCCUAGAUUAAGUAAAUAUCAGGCCUCGGUAAAAGACUCAAAUCCGGUUAAACCAUGUACCCAACAACCUCGACAAUUUUCACAGCUUGAUUCUGAUCAACAUGUAAACUCAUCAACAGUCUCAUGGAUAGAACCAUAUCCGAAACCACAAGGUGAUCCACCACCUGCCUUUUUCAACUGGCUUCGUAAUCGAUUUGGUUCUUUACGUCAAAGCAUUAUGAGUCGUUUAUCAAGUCAAAGUAACCAAUUACAAGGUUCUUCGGUUUUCAGUAUACAUGAUAAUUCUAGUUUUCCAGUUUCAUCAACUGUCAAUAUUCCGGAACCAUCAAAUUCAGUGUUUCCUGCACAAUUAUCUGGGGCAGUAGAGCCAAAGCUUUUGGAAUUAAAUGAUUCAAAAAUGACACGUUUAUCAUCAUCAUCAUCAUCUUCACGAUCCAGUGCAUCAUCAAUAGUUUGUGCAACUGAUGAACAGACUAUGAUAGGAGUAUCUACCAUAUCAUCGAGUAGUCAUAGUAAUCAAAUAUCAAAUUCUAGUUGUACAAAUGUACCUCAGAGAACUUUAAUAGUACGUGAUUAUGACAUAGAACAAAAUGAUAGUCACGAUGAUACUGACGAAAUCAAUCAGUCUACGACUCAUUAA